CUAGAGGUGGCAGAAGACGCAGCACAUGGCAUCAAAACGGGCUGUAUGAAAUAGAGAAAUCUUCAGUCAACCUGGAUAUCUGCCUCUCAACACCUGCGUUGGUGCUCCUCUGGACCUUGACUGGGGCCUUAAAUGGUAAGAAUUGAUUUCUCACAUACUUGCAUACUACAAAGUACUCACAAACUCAGUGGACCAAGACUGGAAUAGUCAUCAUUUCCGUUGUUCUGACAAUCUGACAAUCCGAGAGGUCCAAGCAUGGUAAGUUUUUUGUCUGCUGAUGAGAUGUGGUGACUGUUUUAUCCAAAGUUGUCGUUAUUAGUAUUUUUUCCCCACAAAGACAGACAACAAAAAUAAAUGAUCAAAUAGAGAUAUCUGACAUCAUGUUUCUGGAACGCUUAUAAGUAGCCUACCUAUAAUGCCAAUAGGUGUUUUGUGUCCACUGAACUACACUGAUUCUUCUCCAGGCGACAGAAUAAUUCACAUGGUCCCUGGUGGUGAUGUGGCUGUACGUUGUGAGGACAGUGAGUCGGGCUGGAGCCCACUCAGGGGCAAUAGCAUUGAGCUGAAGCUGGGAAACACAGCUCAUCUCCUGGUGCAGAACUUUGACCAGGAGAAAGACAAAGGAGUCUACAGAUGUAGCACGGGGAAGACCGUUAAAGAAGUCACUCUGGAGCAGUCGGGAUCGGCAUCAAGUACAACCCUCUUAUACAGAACAUUGGGCCAGAGUUCCCAUCUCUUCUGUAAAGUCCUGAUGCGUGAUCCUUGUGGAGGAGUUUGGAGUAGAACGGUACAUGGUCCCUUGGGUUUUGUGCCAGAACGAACGAAGACUAAAGGAGAAGACAAUGACUUUUCCUUGCAGAUUGCCUCUGUGAAGUCAGAAGACGCAGGAACGUUUAAGUGUGACAUAAAAUGUACAUGGUUGCACAGUAUAUCUUUUUAUGAGCUCAUAGUUGUUCAUGCCACUGUGGAUCCCCAGCGCGUGUCCAUUGGAGGGAAUGUGACAAUGUGCUGCACGGUAUCUCACUGGAAGACACCUGGUCAGGUGUGCUGGGUUAAACUGGACUCCAACAACAACAGUCAGCAUUACCAUGGACACCAGGAAAGAUGUUGGCUGGAAAGUCAACCAAGUUUUUGCCAUCAAGUUAGCGACAUGAAACCAGGAGAUACCUCCUGGGCCUGUGCAGUUUUCCAUGACAAUACACUGCGAGCUCUAGUGCCUGUUCAAGUCAACGUGUCCAAACACACCACCACUCCAGAGCCUACCACACAAACCAUUGCCAGGCCAACGGUCACAACAGUGGUGAAGAGGGGUGGGGUUUGUAGCAUCCACCUUGAUGCCCUUGAAGAGAAAAUUCGUUCAAUAAUUGGGGAGAAGUCCAUGACAGGAGAGGUGGAAGGAGUGGACACAGGAGUAACAACAAACAACCAAGAUACUGGAGAGAUGAUGUCACUGCUGGUCAAAAUCCAGCACGAACUCUCUGCACUUCGCACAGUUCAGGAGCAGCUUUUAGAGGUGGAGAAACAGAAAAUAGAAAUUGCCAAGGCAAAAACUGAUCUGGAAAAAAGAGAAUGUUAAAAUAAAAAAAUCAAUAAUGCACAUAUUGAUUGUUUAAUUAAUUUAUUAUAUGCCAAAAUGCAGGUUUACUGAUAUAAUUUACAAAGAUUUUAAAUUGUUAUGCACAUUAUAUAAAUCAUUAUUGGAUGAGAUCUUGCCUCACUUGCAUUCCUGACUGGUGAUUAAGGCCGUCCUUUUCCUCUUCCUCUUCCUCUUCUUAAUGGUCAUCAUUGGGAGUCAUAUUGGGUAGGGGAACAAGAUAUGCCAAGCAGACAUUGUGGAAUAUGAAUGCACAUGCUAUAAUUCAGACACACACUUCACACUGCUCCCAUCUGGCCGCAGGUAUAGAUCCAUCAGAUGGAGGCGAGCACGCUUCAACAAAAGCUUUGUACCAUAUGCCAUCACUGCACUAAACAACAUCCCAUAGUGACCCCCUGCAUUUGACCCUCCUGGAGUGUAGUGUCUGUCAUCAUGUUGUGUUCUGUGCUGUCUGUAAAUGUCUGAGGGUAUUUAUCAGACUGUCAUCAAUGUCUAGUAUGUCAACUGUGUUUGGUGUUUUGAUGUCUGUUAUGAAUGCCUUAUGUAU